UCUUCAGUUUUUACUUUAAUAAAUAUGGAUUGAUAUGGAUGUAAACAAACUUUUUCCAUGGGGUAGUCAGUAGUCUUUUUUCUUCCAGUGCUGGCAUUUGAACCCUUAUGCAUGAUAGGUAACUGUUCUGCACUGAGCUACACUCCAUUUCCUGGAGUCUUUAGUGAUUUUAAGAAUAUAGAGGACUUGAGACACUGCCCCUAAUCACCCUCAGAAUACACCUUCCCACAUCAAACACAUUCACCAUUUUUGCCACUUGAAAGUUCUGUUUCUUGUGUUUUAUUGCACUUCUGUGGCUUCUUUGAUACCCUGAAUCUAGAAAUGUUAACUUUUCAUGGUCAUUUUGACUUUAGGGAAGAGCUAGAAUGCAUACGAUGUCUGAUCCCAUGACUAAGGUAAUUGAGGAGACAACUAAUGCUUUUACAAGCCUGCCUUUCUUUAGACCGUACUCAGCAGCAGUUUAACUGUUUUUGAUUCUACCUUGUAAGGACAGAGAGUACAGAACCUUCAGAAAGUGGCAAGAAUGAUGGGAUAGGUGUAUUCAAGGCAAGGGGGAAUAAUGGCAAUGUAUCUUAUAAAAUAAAAUUUUAAAAAAAUUAAACAUUUGUACAUUUUUAUCACUAGUGUCGUAGGUGUCAUGCGUCAAAGAAAAUGCAUUAAAACUGGUUUUAUUUUUUUUCAACCUUUUCGGUGUAGCUGCUAGAGAAUUUAAAAUUGUAUAUGUGGUUCACGUUAUUUUGGAAAUAUAUUUACAUUUUUGGUCCAUAAUAUAUAGUUCAUUGUUUGAACUCUAUACUUUGUUCUUGGGUUCAUAGAUAUACUUUGGAGAGAGCUCAUAGUUUUCAUCAUAUUUUCAAGCAAGUAUACUACUGUAAAAUCUAUAAACUCCUUCCCUGAACUGUUGCUUGUUUGUACUGGGGUACUGUUACUAGACUGAGUAUCUGCGCGUGUACCUAUGUGGGUGAAAUCUGUGUUGAUGGAGUGGUUGAGGUUGUAGUGAGAGGUGCUCUUGGUUUUUGAAAUGGAAACCUCAGUGAAUGCUUCCAUAGAAAUGGUUUCAUAGAGCAGUGAUGACAAACCUUUUGGAGCUUUCAGUGGUACAUACAGCCUGCUGCAGUAUGCGUGACAUAGGUUCGCCCCCACUGCUAUAAAGAAAUAUUAGGUAUUAUUGCUUUGUUAAUACUAAACUGCAGGUUGACCUAAAAACCUAAUUAUCACAUAUAAGGUGGUUUCUGUGGGAAAAUAUUCUGAAUGUCAAAAGUAGACUUACAAGUUAUCAGAACAAAAUGUACUACUAAAUUGAGGAUUUCAUGCAUUUUAUGUUGGGAGUUUGAUCAAAUGAGUGACUUCCUUAAUUUAGCAUUCAUGGGGUUUGAAAGGUUUUGAGGUAGUAAACAGUCUAAAGAUAAAGCUACUUGUUUAUUUGUUAUCUUUAAUUAUAAGUGGCACUGUAUAAACAAGCCACUGAAUUGGAGUUCCUGUGAAUUUAAGUGGUGUUAUGUAUAUUUUGAGUAGGUCCAUGAUGCUUUGUGAAUGUAGUAAAUUCUUUACUUACGUGGUCAGUUUUUAUCAAAAAGGCUUCCUUGAACAAUGACGUUUUAAGGCCUGUUUAAAUGGAUUCACUUAAGCUGGCUAUAGUGGUGCACACCUGUAAUCCCAGCACCUGGGAGGCUGAGGCAGAGGAUUAGGAGUUCGAGGCCUUAGCUAUGUAGGGAAUUCAAGUCUACCCUGGACUACAUACAGCAAGACCCUGUCUCAAAAAAUCACAAAUAAAAUAAAACCCCAUAGAGCGGUAGAGUUUCUUACCCAAGAGCUUGAUUGUAUUCAUGCUUGACUAAGUACACAAAACUACCAUUAUGGUCUUUUGGGUAAAAUAGAGUCUAAUGUAAACCUGUACUUUGCUACGUUCAGCACAGCUCUCAAAGUUCCCUGAGGGAAGGAUGGCAGAAGGACAGUGAGAGGAUGCAGACAUAAAGGUGGAUUCUCCACAGUUUUCCUAGUGCGAACUCAUGGUGGAAUCCGAUGUGCAUUGAAGCGAAUGUAUGUCAAUAACAUGCCAGACCUCAACAUCUGCAAAAGGGAAAUUACAAUUAUGAAAGAGCUAUCUGGUCACAAAAACAUCGUGGGUUAUUUGGACUGUGCUGUUAAUUCAAUUAGUGAUAAUGUAUGGGAAGUGCUUAUUUUAAUGGAAUAUUGUCGAGCUGGGCAGGUAGUGAAUCAGAUGAAUAAGAAGCUGCAGACAGGUUUUACAGAGCCAGAAGUGCUACAAAUAUUCUGUGAUACCUGUGAAGCUGUUGCAAGGUUGCAUCAAUGUAAGACCCCAAUCAUUCACCGGGAUCUGAAGGUAGAAAAUAUUUUGUUAAAUGACAGUGGAAAUUAUGUACUUUGUGACUUUGGCAGUGCCACCAAUAAAUUUCUUAAUCCUCAAAAAGAUGGAGUUAAUAUAGUAGAAGAAGAAAUUAAAAAGUAUACGACUCUGUCAUACAGAGCCCCUGAAAUGAUCAACCUUUAUGGAGGGAAACCCAUCACCACCAAAGCUGAUAUCUGGGCCCUAGGAUGUUUACUAUAUAAACUUUGUUUCUUCACUCUUCCUUUUGGUGAGAGUCAAGUUGCUAUCUGUGAUGGCAGCUUCACCAUCCCGGACAAUUCUCGAUACUCCCAUAACAUACACUGCUUAAUAAGGUUCAUGCUUGAACCAGACCCAGAGCAUAGGCCUGAUAUAUUUCAAGUAUCCUAUUUUGCAUUUAAAUUUGCCAAAAAGGAUUGUCCUGUUUCCAACAUCAAUAAUUCUUCGAUUCCCUCAGCUCUUCCUGAACCGAUGACUGCUACUGAAGCAGCUGCUAGGAAAAGCCAAAUGAAAGCCAGAAUAACAGAUACCAUUGGACCAACGGAAACCUCAAUUGCACCAAGACAAAGACCAAAGGCCAACUCUACUACUGCCACUCCCAGUGUGCUGACCAUUCAGAGUUCAGCAACUCCUGUGAAAGUCCCUGUUCCUAGUGAAUUUGGUAACCACAGACCAAAAGGAGCCUUGAGACCUGGAAAUGGUCCUGAAAGUUUACUGGGGCAGGGUCCCCCUCAGCAACCACCACAGCAGCACAGAGUCCUCCAGCAGCUCCAACAGGGCGACUGGAGGUUACAGCAGCUUCAUUCACAGCAUCGCCAUCCUCACCAGCAGCACCAGUUACUUCAAGAUGCUUACAUGCAGCAGUACCAGCAUGCAGUGCAGCAGCAACAGUUAUUUCAACAACAGUUUUUAAUGCAUCCAGUAUAUCAGCCACAACCACCACCAUCACAGUACCCUACAGUGAUGCAGCAAUAUCAGCAGGGUUUCUUACAGCAGCAGAUGCUAGCUCAGCAUCAGCAGUCUCGACAGCAGGCAUCACCGGAAUAUCUCACCUCCCCUCAAGAGUUCUCACCAGCUUUAGUUUCUUACACUUCAUCACUUCCAGUUCAGAUCGGAACCAUCAUGGACUCCUCUUACAGUGCAAAUAGGUCAAUGUCUGAGAAAGACACAGUUGGAAGUUUUACAAAUCAGAAGAAUGUCAGUAACCCACCUGAUAUGUCAGGAUGGAAUCCUUUCGGAGAGGAUAAUUUCUCCAAGUUAACAGAAGAGGAAUUGUUGGACAGAGAAUUUGACCUUCUAAGAUCAAACAGGCUCGAGGAGAAAGCAUCCUCAUAUAAGAAUGUAGACCCACUUUCUGCUCCAUGUACCCAUCCUCCAGAAGAUCCUUUUGGUUCUGUUCCUUUCAUUUCUCAUUCAGGUUCUCCUGAAAAGAAAGUUGAACAUUUAAACACAAAUCAAGAUGUUAACACUGCAUACCCUAUUAGGAAUGGUAAAGCAAGUCCAAUACCUAAAGAUCAGCAGAUUGGAAAGAAAAUUUCAGAGAAUUCGUCAGUACAGGAUCGAAUGCAAAAGGGAAAUGACGACUCUGAAAGUGAUUUUGAAUCGGAUCCCCCUUCUCCUAAGAGCAGUGAAGAGGAAGAGCAAGAGGAUGAAGAAAUUCAGGGAGAACAAGGAGAUUUUAAUGAUGAUGAUACUGAACCAGAAAAUCUGGGUCAUAGGCCUCUCCUCAUGGAUUCUGAAGACGAAGAAGAAGAAAAACAUAGCUCGGAUUCUGAAUAUGAGCAGGCUAAAACAAAGUACAGUGGCAUGAGUCCUGUCUGCAGAGACAAACUGGGGAGUGGACCCCAAGACCCUAUUGCAGCAAUCUUCACUCCAGUUCACUUAGCCGUUGAUGCUGGAGUGGACACUCACAAACAGGAGUUUGAUGUAUUUGGCGCUGUCCCCUUCUUUGCAGUUCACACUCAACAAUCCCAGCAAGGAGAGAAUGAAAAGAACCUCUCUCAACAGACAUUUCCUACUGUAGGGCUAGAGCAAGAGGAGUUUGAUGUAUUCACAAAGGCACCCUUCGGCAAGAAAGUAAAUAUACAGGGUUGCCCUGUAGCGGGGCCCAAGGCACACACUCUGACCAGUUGUCCCAAAAGUGUAGAUAUAUUUGGCUCCACUCCCUUUCAGCCCUUUCCCACAUCUGCAAAUAAAAGUGAAAGCAAAGAGGACCUUUUUGGGCUUGUGCCCUUUGAGGAAAUAACUGGGAGUCAGCAGCAAAAAGUCAAACAGCGCAGCUUACAGAAACUGUCCUCUCGCCAAAGGCGCACGAAGCAGGAUGUGUCCAAAAGUAAUGGCAAGCGGCACCAUGGCACACCAACUAGCACAAAGAAGACUUUGAAGCCUACCUACCGCACUCCAGAGAGGGCUCGCAGGCACAAAAAAGUGGGCCACCGAGACUCUCAAAGCAGCAAUGAGUUUUUAACCAUCUCAGACUCCAAGGAGAACAUUAGCAUGGCGCUGAAUGAUGGGAAAGACAGAGGCAGUGUCCUACAAUCUGAGGAGAGUCUGUUGGACCCCUUUGGUGCCAAGCCCUUCCAUCCUCCAGACCUGCCGUGGCACCAGUCACACCAAGGCCUGAGUGACAUCUGUGCUGAUCACAAUACCGUCCUGCCUGGGCGGCCAAGGCAGAACUCGCUGCAUGGGUCAUUCCAUAGUGCCGAUGCGUUGAAAAUGGAUGACUUUGGUGCCGUGCCCUUUACAGAACUUGUGGUGCAAAGCAUCACGCCACAUCAGUCCCAACAGUCCCAACCAGUUGAAUUAGACCCAUUUGGUGCUGCUCCAUUUCCUUCUAAACAGUAGAUACUUCUGAUGGAUUCUUGGCAUUAACUCCUGUUUCAAAAGAGUAUGAAUAGUUUUAUGAAUUUUAAAGAAAAUUUAUUUGUAAAGCUCUUUAUAUCAUUCAUUCUUACAAGUUAAUCCAGAUAGUGAUUUUUAAAUAAACCAAAUAGAAAAAAGAAGUCUCCCUACAGGGUAGUAACUGGAUGCUUCUUCCAAGUAGGAGAAAAAGGAGCUGAAUUCUGAAUUGAUAGCUCUGAUGGCUUUCUGGUGCUGACACUGGGACACAGAAAUGCAAGAGGGCACUUGCAGGGAAAGCUCAUAGCACCUUUGCAAGUGUGCAGUCACUGCAAAGGGACAGGAAAGCUGUGUCAUUAUUCUUGGUAUCAAAGUGUCACUUAGUGCAUAUCUAGGUUCAUUCCAGACACAGCAUUUAAAAGUAGGCUAAUCUGUACAUACAUUACAUUUGUGAAUUUUCACACAAUGAAAACAACCUAGCUUGGAAAGAAUGAGGAAGAUAACUAUUUGGACAGUGUAGAUGUCAGUUCAUAUUCAUUUCUCUACAAAGCAGAGCCAGAAGUAACUAUUGUGCCUAAAAAACUGUUGCAUUUUAAAAACAAGUGCCAUUAAUAUGGAAUAUCUAAUGAUAAUUAUGUGAUUAUAUAUAUGUUGAUUAGCUUAAUUUUGCCCUUCCACAACAUACACAUAUUUAAAAAUAUGUUGGUAUACACAGUUUUUGUCAAUUAAGAAAUUAAUUUAAAAAAUACAGAAUAAUAGAAGCCUAGAACAAAAAUGUAGAGAAAUAUCUGGCAUUUGAAACAAAAUGAUACAAAGAAUGAAAAAACAUUCAGUACUUUACAUUUUAUGUUGUUUUUAAGUUGCCUCUUGCCAAAACCUUUUAUCAUGUCCCUAGUAAAGCAGAUACUGAAAAAAAAAACCUGAGGAAUAAAGGGUACAUGGAAAUUUUCGGAGAAAAUGUAGUUGAAACCCUGAAUUUUAAAGAUGUUUACAGUGUCAAAUCAUGUUGUUUUAAAUAAUGUGCUUUAUUACCAGCUUCAUCAUAUGUUCCCCAAGUCAUGAGCAACAAUUAGCUUCUUUCGAUUUGGAGGUUGGGGUGGUUUUAAUAAAGUACACAGAGCAGAUACCCACAAAGCCUUACAGGCAGGACUGAUUCCUGCUGUAAUUACCUCUGCCCUGGCGCCAGACCUAAAAAUGGAGUGACAAAUGAGAGGGCAAGGGCUAGCAUCUGAUUCUGCUACUACAUGGCCUUUUUUUUUUUUUCCUUUAAACACCACAAAUCCUAAUUAGGAACUUGAGAUUUUAUAGAAUUUAAUGAUAGUAAUUACAUAUAUGGAUUAAUGUGAACACGGUAUCUAAGCUUUCUGUAUGUUAUUAACUGUCUUUCACUAUCAGCUUAACAUUUGGAAGUUUCUAGAACUGUAAAGCUAUUUACAAAGGGGGGGACUUUUCAACUCAUUCUCCUUGGUUGCUAUAUUUUAAAUUAAUUCUUUGCACCCAAUUAAAAUGUAUUUUAUGAAUAAUCUUAGUAGAAUCACAAUUAUAAUACCUUAACAGGAUAAGUUACUUGUCUGUUUUCAGUUCUGAACUUGAAAGGAAGCAAAGUAUAGUUCACUUUGGAUUGCUUCCUUUUGUUCCCUGUAUGGUAACUCAGAAAUUUGUGGGGGGGGGAAGAUCCAUGAAUCACAGUGCAGCAGAGGCUGACCAAGCAGUAUAUUACUACUCACAAUUGCGCUUUUAGAGCUGUACUGCACCAGUUGUUCUGUGCCAAAGGUAAAUAUGUUUGCACCUUUUUUUUCCCUCCCAAUUCUCAGGUUAAUACUGCUAAUGCAAAUGUUCAAGUAGAUGUUCUUUAAAAAGUCAAGUGGAAAUUCAUGAAGUAUAGUAGGUUUGUAUCAAAUUUUUAAAAUGGAAACCUGUUGGUUAAUGUGUACACAAUAUGCUUGACUAUUAACAAUCGUUGGUCUGUGCUAGACCUCAGGAGUUUAUCAUUUAGAAGGAGAGCUGAAGUAAUGAGGUCUCCAUGGGAAAAAAAUACCUAAUUUUACUAGCUUUUCAGUACACUGAAUAAUUUUAAAUAAUCCAGACACCAAUAUAUGUAGACCUUUUGGCUUACAUUGUUGGAUAAAUUCUAAGGAAACAGCUCUGCCACAAUUUAAAAUAUUUACUGUCUUGCUUUUUGUAGCAUAUCCUGUUGAUUUUCCUCUUCAGAGAUUGUUGCUUGGGGGAAAGAUCUAGGAUUGUUCAGUGAGAUAGAAAUGGGAAAAUUCUUUUGUUUUGAGGCAUUUUCCUGAAGAACAAAGAUACACACUUUACAUUUUCACUCAUCACCUCCCCCUAACAUGGUCAACGUGUCACAGCUUGUGGCCUAGGUAAUUUCUUUGUGACAGUUAAGCUCCCCAGAUACGGGAAAGCAUUUAACAUAGUACCUGGCACACUGUGCUCAGCAAAAGUUUGGCACUAUUUUGGGAUUAUUUUCCUAUGUAGAUAAGCCCUGUGCCCUCAGGAUGCAUUGUAGUCCUAACUCUACACCUGCUAUACUUGAACAUCACUAAGAGAAGUAAUAUGAAGCUAGCAAAAAUCUGAGGCCAAAGUUGUUUUCUAACAGCUUUAAUAGUGCUUGAUUUUUAAUUACCUUUUAAAAAAUAGACCAUUUGCUUAACGAUCCUAGUAUCACCUCAAUACAAUGUUAGUAUUAAGAAGAUUUAUGCAAAUUGAGGACAUUAUGCAUUAAGACACAAAAAUUGGACAAAAAAAAUAGGAGAAGAUGCAGGUGGGUGAAAACGUAACUGAUUAGAACAUUCAGAAUUGCAGCCCUCCACCAUCUGUGGUUUUGUGUAUAUGGAGCAUAGUUAGGACAUCAUCUGGACUUGCAGAUAGGUGUAGCUUUGGAUAUGACCCUGUGUAUUGUUUUUAUUAGCAGUGAUACUGCUGUUCUUGUUAUGCUGGCAGAAGAGACAAAAGUGGAGCUCACUUUUCUGUGCUGGUGUUCAUCAGGAAGAGCAAUUCUCUUCCUCAGCUACUCUGCUGGGUUUGGUUUUUAGGUUUGGUACUUCACAUAAGCACUGUUAGAAGGUACAAAUGUAUUAAUAUCACUAGAUCUGAGGAGUUUGGGUACAUUUGUUUUAAUAUAUGUAGAAUGUAAGGUUUUUUCCUCUUUUUGGCAAAACUACUCUUACCAUUUUAGGUCCAAUUAUUGAGUUGACAGUCUACUGUGAGAAUUAGAUGACAUAUCUACUGUGAGAAUAACAAAUGAUAGUUUAUUUGAAAACUUUUAUACUCAGUAGUGUUUUAUGUUUUGAUUAAAAAUAUAUAUACACAUGCACAUCACAUCGCUCUCCUGUGGAGUUAAUGUGAAUUUAAAGAAAAAUGGAAUUGCAACUACAAUCAUAUCUAAAAGAACAUUCAUUCAUAGUGAGGGUUUACAAAAGCCACUAAAAGAAGAAAGUAAAUGAUGAAAAUGCAAAGGAUUAUCAUUUUGGGGUUAUUUUUGUUUUAAAAUUUUUAGUACUACUUUUGAAAUAAAUUGUUUUUAUUACUGUUCUCUGUGAUUGAAAAGUCAUCUAAUAGCAAUAUAGAGGCUACUUUUUAAUUGCUGGCAAACAGCUUUAAGUGCACUUUCUUUGAUUAUUCUUCCAUUUUUGUUAAACUUGAAUUUCUGAAGCCUUUUAUGUACCACUAAGCCAAUAAUUUUACCUUUAAAUAAACCCGAUUUACAUCUUUAUGUAUUUCUAAUUGUUGUAAAAUGUACUUGCUAAAGUAUCUUUAGUCUUAAAAUACAGCUGGGAAACUUGAGAUGGAAUCAGUUGCUUUUCCCCCAAAACCUAAUGAAGCACUAAUUUUAUUACUUUAUUUUCUUUACAUUGCUUAUUCUUGAAUUCUGUCCCUGAUUCACUUUGUUUGAAAUUUAAAGUUAUUUUCUUACUGUAUUUAUCAUACUUGUUUUAAUAAUCUGCUUUCUUUAAAUGCAAUAAAUCCCCAAUGGAUUGCCUAUUCUUUAUAA